AUGCUUGCGCUUAUUUCAAGCAUAAUUGCGAGCAUUCAAUUGAAUCAUGCAAUAAUCGAUAUACAGGAAAACUACAGAAGAAGACUAAACCUCUCAAGACUGUUAUCCACAACUACAAGCACUUUUACUCGAGUAAAACGACUUAGAUGCAGACGUGAGAGCAAAGAGAGAAGAUUCUGGACCAGACCAGGUCGUACAAGCGCCUGGUGGAACAACUUUGCCGAUCAAGUGGUGAUACCAGAAGAGUGGAAAGAGAACUUUCGAAUGAGCAGAGACUCGGUAUAUAAUCUAGCUGAAGAACUGAGACCAUGCGCGUUCGGUGUAUGA